AUGCUCGCCGACCUAGACACCGACCUCGGCGAACGCUCAUCUCCGCGCUUUCCUUGGCGAGGGCUUGCGGAUCUUGACUGGGGUGCAAAUGUGCGCUGCCCUUUGGAAGACACGAUGGCGUACGGACAUGUGCCACGACCAGCCGGCUCGGACCCCAGCACGCUCCGACCUCGCGUCUAUUCGCUUCCGGAGCGGGCACAGAGCGAUGAGCGUCGAGCCAUCGUGACGCUCGCCUUGAACGCGCAGGGCGUGGAUCAGCAAAGCUACUUGCACGCGCAGCGAGGCGACAAGCAUACGCUCCGUCCGCCGAAGGCACUGGUCGAAUAUCUGGCCGGCGUAUUCAACGACGAGCUCGAGCGCGGCGUGAGCUAUCCGCAGCGCGGACCGAUGCCGCUUGCCGAGUUUGAAGGCUACUUUCUCGGAUACGACCUCAUUGUCGGAUUCUUCGUGUCGGCCCAGCAACUGACUGCCCUCAGUCCCGACGUUUCCAUUCCCGAGGAUGGCCUGGAGGUGCGCAACCUUUCUGAGCUCCCGGAUCUCGCCAAGUUGGACUACACAGCUCAAGUGGCAGGCUUCUACUAUAUCAAGCCAAACUAUCCAGGUCGAUCGUCGCACCUGUGCAACGGAGGCUUCGUUGUUCCGCCAACCGGGCGAGGCCUGGGUCUGGGCGGUGUGCUGGGUCGCUCGUUCCUGCACUAUGCGCCGCUGGCAGGCUACAAGGGCUCCGUCUUCAACCUGGUCUAUGUCAACAACAUGGCUAGCGUGCGCAUCUGGCAACGUCUCGGCUUCACCAUUGUUGGCCGACUGCCCAUGGCAGGCGCGCUUCGCACCGAGGACGGGCGCGAGGAGCUGACCGAUGCCUACAUCAUCUUCAAGGACUUUACAGGCACGGUGCAGGCGCGCGGAGAUGCCGAGCCCAAGCCUCUUCCCAUCCAGGCUCAGGAUGGAACCAAAGGCGCCAUCUAG